GUAACAUCUUCAAUCAUUGAUGUAACCAACUUCAAGAUAUAUUUGCAUACCUACUACCUACACACACCUACCAACACUUACAGACAUUUAUCUAAAUAUAUCUGUAUCCACAUCUACAUCUACAUCUACAUCUAUAUUUAUAUACAUACAUAUAUAGUAAAGAGUUCCAGCAUCGGCCAACAUCGGCGAACAUACAUAUAGCCAUGUAUCAGCUGAACCAUUCCUUCACUCCCAACACCCUCCGGCGACCUCCUCUUCCCAAACAAUUCUUCUUCCAUCACCAUCACCAUCACUAUCAUCAUUAUUCUCUCUCCAUAUUCUCUUCAUAGCUUUCCUAUCCUACCUAUCAAUCAGCCAAUCUAAUCAUCUUGCUCAUUUUACUCAUCUACCUACCUACCUACCUACCUAAUCAUGCCAUUUUCUCACUCGGGCGGUGCGUGGGCCGGGAAACACCCGACGCCAGCAGAGGCGCAAGAGCGGCCCCUCGACGACAAGGAAAAGGCAGAGAUCGUGCAGCAGAGCCGCAGGUGCCUGACGCCGCGCUACCUGUACACCCGCGACGCGAUGCGCGAAGCCCGGCGGAUCGACGCCGCCCACGGCCCGCAGCUGUUCGCCGGCCGCCGCGGCCGGCGGCGGAAGGGCGUCCUCGUGCGCCACAACGUCAAGCGCCGCUGGCAGAAGCUCGGCAUCUGGAACAACGUCGGCGGCGUGUGGGGGAUUCCCGGGCGGCGCAAGAGACGCGGGGCGCGCGACAGCGAUAGCGACGACUGCGGCAGCUGGCAGUGGUGGUGGUUGUGGUGGUGGCGGCGGCUGUGCGACCCGAUCGCCGAUGCGCCGGAGGACCUGAGCAGCGCGGCGGAGAUCAUGCGGUUCUCGCUCGACCAGCAGCACGUCGCGCAGCCGCGGCCCGCGCCGGGGACCACGACGCCCGCCGACGCGCAGGCGUUCCUGGCCUCGCGGCCGUGGUUCGUGUACGCGCGCUCGGUCGUCGAGGAGAUGGUGAAGCGGCGGCGGUGGCGCAGCAGCCCGCCGGGGUCUAACCCGAGCGAGGCGGAGGACGCGGUGCGUGCGCGGUGGCGGGAGCGCGGCGACUGGGACGACGCGCGCUGGGACGACGACGACGACGACGCUGUGCACGCCUGGAAGUGGCGGUGGGAGUCGCCGUCCCCCGAGCCCGAGGACCUGGGGCCGGUAGCUAGGAUGCGGGCCGCGCCGCUCGAGGUCGCGGCCGAGAUGGGGUUCACGCCGUCUGAGACUGACGAGAUGGAGGAAAUCGAGCGCUCGGAGGCGGCACGCGUGCGAAGAAAAAGGCGGGAGAGGGUUGUGAAGAUUGAAUCCGAUGACUCCGAUGACGAUAAAGACGAUAAUGACGAGGAUGACAAGGAUGAAGACUCGUCGCUUUCGCCGCCGCUCUCGCCGUCGCCUUCACCACCGCCUCCAAGACCGCUUUCGUCCUCGUCUUCGUCCUCGCCAUCACCACAUCCAUCGCCAAUCCGCCGAAGGUCCAGGCUCACAGGCAAGAAACGUGCCACAUCAGAAGAUUCCCCACCGCCGCCGCGAGCGCCGCGGAAUAAGCGACCUAGGCGGCGCUAAACAGCAGCUACGGCGCCUACCGCUGCCCCACAGAAGAAGACCUGUUGCACCAGGAAGACAAGAGCCGCCUCUGCUGCUGCUGCUGUUGCUGCUACUACUAAUACACAGACACCGCCCAAAGAGCCAUCGGAGAAAUAUGAGGCUCGGUCGAGGAGAGGGCGGAGUGCUUCCUGAAAAAAUGAGAAGGGGACAUCCGCUGUAGCAAAGGAGCUGGGAGUAUUCUUCUUUAACACCAUGUAUACUACCUAGUACCUAUAUGAUGGUUAGUAGUAAGCUAGUAGCAUGUACUGCUAAGUUUGUAAGUUAAGUCAGUUCAUUUGCAGUUCUCAUUCGUUUACAAUUAAAGGUCUUACCUGUACGAUGGCCGGGCGAUUAUGUAUUGUACACUGUACUGCCUAUUACCUAUAUAAUAACUAAGGAAAGGCGAUCUAGACAUAAGCCACAACGCAAAGGUCUGGACCCCCUUUGAGUAUCUGCUACAUAUAG